AAGCAAACGGUCCCAGCAUGCUAUCUCCCACUCGGUCAGAGGACGGGACGCGGUGAGGAGCUGUAGUGUCUCUCAGUCUACCCCUUUUUUGUCAUCAACCCCUGUGUCCUCAUCGUUAAUUUCCAUUUUAUUCGUUUGUUUACACGUUUAGCUUACUUGUAGUCAUGUAUCGGUAUUUUGGAGAGCUGCUGAGCCGAUCUGCGGGUAGUGCCCUGGCCUCGGGAUGUGUGGACGCCGCUCUCCCGGUGUCCUCGUCCCUGAUGCGUGUUCGCCACUAUGCGGAUGCAGCAGAUAAACCGGACGACCCCAACUUCUUCAAGAUGGUUGAGGGCUUCUUCGACCGCGGUGCCACCAUCGUAGAGGACAAGCUGGUGGAGGAUCUGAAGACCAGGGAGAGCCCUGAGCAGAAGAGGCACCGUGUUCGGGGCAUCCUGCGCAUAAUUAAGCCCUGUAAUCACGUCCUGAGCGUGUCUUUUCCCAUCAAGAGGGACAACGGCGAGUGGGAGGUGGUGGAGGGCUACCGCGCCCAGCACAGCCAGCACAGAACACCAUGUAAAGGAGGUAUCCGUUACAGCACAGAUGUGUCUGUGGAUGAGGUGAAAGCUCUAGCCUCUCUGAUGACCUACAAAUGUGCUGUUGUCGAUGUGCCAUUUGGAGGAGCCAAAGCUGGAGUCAAGAUCAACACCAGGAAUUACUCUGAUAACGAGCUGGAGAAGAUCACCAGGAGAUUCACCAUUGAGCUGGCCAAAAAGGGCUUUAUCGGGCCUGGCAUCGACGUCCCAGCUCCGGACAUGAGCACCGGAGAGAGGGAGAUGUCGUGGAUCGCCGACACAUAUGCCAACACCAUCGCACACACUGACAUCAACGCCCACGCAUGUGUGACAGGGAAGCCCAUCAGUCAGGGAGGAAUCCACGGUCGGAUCUCUGCCACUGGUCGUGGAGUUUUCCACGGCAUUGAGAACUUCAUCAAUGAGGCGUCGUACAUGAGCAUGAUGGGGCUCACACCUGGCUUCCAGGACAAGACCUUCAUCAUCCAGGGGUUUGGUAAUGUGGGUCUCCACUCCAUGAGAUACCUGCACAGGUUUGGCGCCAAGUGUGUGGGUGUUGGUGAGAUUGAUGGAGCCAUCUACAACCCAGAUGGUAUCGAUCCAAAACAGCUGGAGGACUACAAACUGCAACAUGGCACCAUAGUGGGCUUCCCAGGAGCCAGACCGUACGAGGGGAGCAUCUUGGAGGCAGACUGCCACAUCCUGAUCCCUGCUGCUGGAGAAAAGCAGCUCACACGUAACAACGCUCCCAGAAUUAAAGCUAAGAUUAUUGCUGAGGGUGCUAAUGGACCCACCACCCCAGAUGCUGACAAGAUCUUCCUGGAGAACAACGUCAUGGUUAUUCCUGACAUGUACCUGAAUGCUGGUGGUGUGACAGUGUCUUAUUUUGAGUGGCUGAAGAAUCUCAACCAUGUCAGCUAUGGAAGACUGACCUUCAAGUAUGAGCGAGACUCCAACUACCACCUCCUCAUGUCUGUGCAGGAGAGUUUAGAGAGGAAGUUCGGCAAGCAGGGAGGACCCAUUCCCAUCGUACCUACUGCUGACUUCCAGGCCAGGAUUGCUGGUGCGUCUGAGAAGGACAUUGUUCACUCUGGGUUGGCUUACACAAUGGAGAGAUCCGCUCGGCAAAUCAUGCGCACAGCCAGCAAGUACAACCUGGGUUUGGACCUGCGGACGGCCGCCUACGUCAACGCCAUCGAGAAGGUCUUCAAGGUCUACAAUGAAGCGGGGCUCACCUUCACAUAAAUGACCCAUCAUGAUCCUUCCUCCACCCCCUUGCUCUUCAUCCCUCUUUUCUGCUUCCCUGUACCUCCUGGAACAGCCUACAGAACAUAUCACUGUCCCCCCGUGCUCUCAUGCCGCUAGCUUGGUAUUGUCUCUGUGAUGUUUGUCAUAGUUCUGCUGCUCUGCUCCUUGUUUCUGCCUAAAGUUAAAGCAGAGAUAAUCGAGGACCCCAUCCCUCCUUCAGAUAUCCUCUAAACGUUCUAUUAUAUAAAAGCCAUGUUCACUGUUCUCAUAUCCUAGCGGCUGAAUGCAUGUGUGACCUUUGUGUUCUGGUUGAUGUCACUAAAGUUGCCUUACGUCAGGAAGAGGUCUGAUCUUAAAGGGAGCUGACCACUUCAGCCUGGUGAUCAUUAUAAUGAAUUCAGAUUUAUCUUGUGAAUAAAAGAGAAUAGUUAUUUUAGUUUGUCCUCUAACAGUGCACAUGUCAGCAUGGUCACCAAGACGCAGCCUCCCUCAGUGUUUUAUACAGUUUACUCGUUAGUUGCUCUCCUUUUUCUCAUUCCUCAUCUACUUGUUGCUUUAUCAUUAAUGCAGCUUCUCCUCGACUCCUGGCCCUGAAAGAGGGGCAGAGAUGGGCGAGUCAUCACCAGGGCCACCCUGUUAGUUUUACUCAUUUAAACCGUCCUGACCUUCAGCUCUGAAGUUUUUUUUUUUGGAGGAAAUAACUUUUUAUUUUUAUUGCACUUAUUUUUUUUGGGAAACCAAUAAAAUGUUCAUACAGAGA